AUGAAUAAUUAUUCUGAGAGAGCUAUUAAAUGGAUGAAGAUUUUAGGAUAUUUACCAUUUAAUGGAAAAAAUUCAUUCUUUGAAGAGUAAGAAAAUAAAUAUAACUAAUAUGUAAAUGACAUCACAAAAUCUAAUGAGAUGCUUAUUUUUGAAUAAUUAAAGAAGUAAACUUUGGAGAAUUCUGCAUCUCCUACAUAAUAGUUUGAAGAAUAAAAAAGGUAAAUUGUUUCAUAAUAUAUGAACUUUGAAUAAUAUGAAUAAAAGGAGAGAACUUACAGAAUUAUUGAAAUGGAUAAUAGGUAACUAAUUCAACAAUUAUUAGUCGGAUUUUAGCAUAAUUUUAAUUUUUAAAAAAGGAAUACAAUUUGAAAAUUGAAUAGUUAUUCUAUACAGAUGAUUAUCUUUUCAAAUUAAAUUAAAAUGUUUUAGAAAGCACAACAUAUUUAGAUGUAAUGAAAAGAGUCUCUUACAUUUAUUGUAUAUUACAUCCAAAUAUCGGAUACAUAGUAUAUUAUACCUUAAUAAUUUAUUUAGUCAGGAAUGAAUUAUUUAUUAGCCCCAAUAAUUAAAGUAAUUCAAAAAGAAGCAGAUUGUUAUUUUUGUUUCGAAAUAAUUAUGGAAAAAUAAUAACAUUUAUUUUUGUAAUCAGAUAAUUAAAAAGGGUUAUCUGUAACAAUGAAUAGAUUUGAUGAAUUGAUAAAAAAUUAAGAACCUUAAAUUUUUAAACAUCUUAAUCAUUUAGGAAUAGCUCUUUCACAUAUUUUUGUAAGAUGGUUUUUAACUCUGUUUUCAUCAGAUUUAGAUAUCGAAAUAGUUAUUGAAUUAUGGGAUAAAAUGUUGGAAAAAGACUAUUAAGAAUAUUAGUUUUAAAUAAUCAUUGAAAUGUUGAGAACAUUAAAACAUAAGAUAUUAAAAUCAAACUUCAAUUAAUUUGUGGAAUUAAUUUCAUUAAAAAACGACAAUGAAGUGUAACUAAUCAAUUCAAUUUUAAAUAAAUGA